CCGAGCGCCCGGACCUGGGCGGGGAGGAGGCAGGGCUCCCUCGCCGCCCGGAAGGAAGGGAGACGUUUCCUUGUCCCGUGAUAGCAGCCUACGGUCCCGGCGGCAGGCAACGCGCCGCUGCCUCUCUGCCGCCCCGCACAGCCCCGCGAGGCCGAGGAUGGCCUCGGACGCCCCCGCCACCCUCCCAGUCCAGCUGGCGGAGCAGCCCAGAUUGCUGAAGCUGAAGAAGAUGUUUAUUUCUAAAUUUGGAUCGGCUCCCAAGUUUUAUGCUCGUGCACCAGGGCGAGUCAACUUAAUAGGAGAACAUAUAGACUACUGUGGAUAUGCUGUGCUCCCUAUGGCUAUAGAGCAUGACAUACUAAUAGCUGUUGAACCUGUAAAAACUCAAAUUGUCGAACUAGCCAAUACAAACCCUUUGUAUUUGGAUUUCAGUACUAGUGUGAAUAACAUUCACAUUAACAAAACCAAACCUGUGUGGCACAACUACUUCCUAUGUGGGUUGAAAGGAAUUCAGGAACAUUUUGGUCUUAAUAGCUCAACUGGAAUGAAUUGUCUGUUAGAUGGAACCAUCCCACCAAGUUCUGGUCUGUCUAGUUCCAGUGCCUUGGUAUGCUGUGCUGGACUUGUGACGCUUACAGCUAAUGGAAAGACCCUUUCAAAGGUGGAGCUUGCAGAAAUUUGCACCAAGAGCGAACGGUACAUUGGCACGGAGGGAGGAGGCAUGGACCAGUCUAUAUCAUUCCUAGCAGAAGAAGGAACUGCCAAGCUGAUAGAGUUCAGUCCUCUGAGGGCAACUGAUGUGAGACUUCCAAGCGGAGCAGCUUUUGUUAUUGCUAACAGUUGUGUCGAAAUGAAUAAAGCAGCAACUUCUCAUUACAAUAUUAGGGUGAUGGAGUGUCGUCUGGCUGCAAAGCUUCUCUCAAAGUCAAAAGAUCUAGAAUGGAAAAAAAUGCUGAAGCUCCAAGAAGUGCAGGCCAAGCUAGGUGUUAGCCUGAAGGAAAUGCUGACCAUUGUUGAAGAGGUAUUUCACCUGGAGCCUUACAGCGUAGAGGAAAUUUGUACAUGCCUGGGAAUUAGCCUUGAGGAGCUCCGCACCCAGAUCCUCAGUCAAAACACACAAGAUGUAAGCUAUGUCUGGGGCCAUUGCAAAACACGAGAGUGCGACCUAGGCCCUGAUGCCACAUCUUUGCUCCUCUGCAGUGAUACCAGGGGACCCAGAACUGUUCUACAUGGGAAGUUUCAAAUGCAUAAAGCUGGGUAGAACUGUGUCACCUGCUUGAGGUCUCUAGGGGUCAGAGUUGUCCUGCUGUGGCUAGGGAGCUUUGGGUAUGUUCUGGUAAAUUGUAGGUGAUGCCUUCUUAGAAGAUGUGAGAAAAAGGCACAGAACGUAAUGUGCCUGUCACCAAACGCACACAAUCCUGUGGGGCCAAGAGCCAAGACUGCCUUAAACAGUCUCCUGUGACUAUUUCAACCCUUCCCUUCCUGCCACCAGCUCACACACUUCUUCCUUUUCUCCACUCAUCCCCAGCAUUGUUCUCCCAUGUGGGGGGCCAGAGUGCCCCCCCAGACCUCCUCAUUACCCUAGCUAGCCCUGGAACACCCCACAUACACAGAGGUGGGAGCAGGUGGUGCACAGCCAGCUUUGCCAGUUUUAUGCCAUCCCAGGAUUCCCCUGUCUUAAGGAGAAUGCUAAGCUACCCAGUUAGGACAGCUGUCUACCCCUUUGCAAUGCUGGAGAGAUGCCAGUAUGGCAUCAGAGACCUACAUCUGGCCCUACUUCUCUAUAGCAGGUUAUAUAACACCUGUGUGCAUUAUAUGUAGAAUAUAUUGAAGUGUGUAUAUCUAGAACGCAUAUAUUACAUGAACUAUGUGCUCUGAGAUAUUCAUUCUUUCUUCCCUUUCCUAUCCCACACACUUCUAUUUUCAUGGGAAGCCAUUGGGUUCUCAGUUUCCUAUACUAUCCCCUCCCCUGUUUCCCCCCUCUAUGAAACAGUAUAAGAACAGUCACUCACAGAUAUAACUGUAGUGCAUAUCUCUGGUUUUAAAAGCUAACUUUUAAGGCUCAGUAGAGUUGAAUUGUUUAUACAGAUUGUUAUUUUGACUUAAAAAAAAUAACCGUCUGGAUGAAAAUUUUUGACAUAAAAGCAAUAGAAAAAAGUCCAGUGAAAUGUUAUACUAUAGCUCUGUCUAGUGUUUGCAGAUGUUUGCUGAACAAAAUCUCUUAAAAUUUGCGUGACCAUGAUCUUGUUUGAUAAAGCCAAUUAAAAUGGGUUGUGCAGAA